AUGUUACCUCUGUCUAAUGGGCGCUCUUCAGCUGGACCUCGGCGGAGCUCCGGCAGGACCCGCUGGCACUGGCAAAACUGAAACCACUAAGGAUCUAGCGAAAUCAUUAGCUAAGCAAUGCGUUGUAUUCAACUGCUCCGACGGUCUUGACUACAAGAUGAUGGGUCGCUUCUUCUCAGGUUUGGCUCAAUCAGGUGCCUGGUGCUGCUUUGAUGAGUUUAACAGGAUCGAUAUUGAGGUGCUCUCGGUUAUCGCCCAACAACUUAUAACUAUCAGAAAUGCCAAGGCAGCCAAGUUAAGUCGUUUCAUGUUUGAAGGCAGAGAGAUCAAGCUCGUUUCAAGCUGCGCUGCUUUCAUCACGAUGAACCCGGGAUACGCUGGACGUACAGAGCUGCCAGACAACUUAAAGGCACUUUUUAGGCCCAUCUCCAUGAUGGUGCCAGACUACCGUCUAAUCGCUGAGGUCAUUCUCUACUCAGAGGGCUUCGAGUCGUCAAAGACCCUCGCCCAGAAAAUGACUCAGAUGUACAAACUCUGCAGCGAACAGCUCUCGCAGCAGGACCAUUAUGACUUCGGCAUGCGCGCAGUCAAAUCAGUCCUCGUGAUGGCAGGUUCAUUAAAGCGUGAAAAUUUGGACAAACCAGAAGAAGUGGUGCUUAUUCGGGCACUUCGUGACAGCAAUUUGCCAAAGUUUCUCAAGGAUGAUGCGGUCCUAUUC